AUUUUCAAAUCCAAAAUAAUUUUGGGCAUGAAUUAUUAUCGUUGUUAAUAAAACUAGGUCUUUAUAAUAUGGGAAGAAAGUGUAUGAUUUGUGGUAAUACACAGAAUCCACUUUUUGGAAUUCCUGCGGAAGUAGAUCUUAGAAACAAAUGGUUUGAAUCACUUUCAAAAUUUUGUGAUCUGACCAAGAUAAACGAUCAUACUGUUGUGUGUUCCAAACAUUUUGCAACAGAAUGUAUUGUUAGAAGCGCAAAAAGUACUCGUCUUAAUAAACAAGCGGUUCCGUUUAUAUUCAAUCCUACUGAUCCUGACAUUUCUAGUACCCAACCAACAAAUCCUUUUUUAGAAGACACUCAUCCAACUUCCGUUUCCUCAUUCCAAAAUGCUAAUAAGGAAACUAAUGUUUCCACAUGUGAUGAUUUAAGUGCGAAGGAUAAACAAGAACUUAAAGAUCUCAGGUACCACAACAAAGUUUUAAAGCAACAAUUGAGUAGAAUGAAACGAAAGAAUUCUGAAUGUUUAUCAAAAAUGAGAGAGUUAGAAGAAAAAGUAAAAAAUUUGGAUGCUUUAAAAAUAACCAAAAUUAUAGAAGACGCAAACAACGCAGAUGAAAAGUCAAUAUUUCUUUUGGACUUGAUAAAAAAUCACUAUAAAAAAAUACCUAGGUGGUCAGAAAUGUCUCUUCGUCUGUGUACUGUCUGGAGAUUUUGUUCGCCGAAAGGUUACAGAUUUUGCCACAAUAACUUACUAAAACUGCCUUCAAAAUCGACUAUAUCCAGAUUCCUUGGAGACUUUCAUGGUCAAAAUAAGCUGAUCCAAGAGCGAUUGUGUGCAGAAAUUGGUCAAUUAAAAAAGCCAGUUGAAAGGAUCUGCUCCUUAAUAAUGGACGACAUGUCCAUAAAAGAAAAAGUUCAUUACUGUAGGGCAGAAGAUCGAAUUUAUGGCUUAGAGACAACAAGUUCUACUCGUGUUGGAACUAAGCCAAAAGUAGCCAACAAGAUGCUUUGUUUUGUGGUGCAGGGAUUGAGUACUAGAUAUACAAUACCAGCAGGGUAUUUUUUCCACUCGUCGUUAACAACUCAGGAAUUAUAUUUAUUAACAAAAAACAUUUUACAACUUCUGACAAACUGCGGCUACAUUGUGAUUAGAUUUGUUACAGACAAUAUUUCAACAAAUGUCGCCCUCUUUAAAAAAUUUGGAAACGGAUCACUGAAAAAUUCCAUUAAUCAUCCCAUUCUGGAACAUAUUCCACUAUUUUUGAGUUUCGAUUUCUGCCAUGCUCUAAAAAAUGCACGAAAUUUGUUUUUAGACCAUGAUAUGUAUUCUUCUCAAGGCAAAAUUUCAUCAUGUUACCUCAAAUUAUUGUAUGAUUUGCAGAAGGGAAUGCCAGUAAAGCCUGUCAGAUAUUUAACAAAGAAGCAUCUAUUUCCAUCAAACUUUGAAAAAAUGAAUGUCCUAAGAGCAAUCCAAGUUUUUUCACCUACUGUAACCUCUUCUUUAAAAUUUCUAAAAGCUGCAGGGGACGAUCGUUUUGUAGACGCUGAUGCCUCUAUAUUCUAUAUGGAAAACAUGUACCAUUUUUUUCAGGUGCAUAAUGUUUCAAGCAGAGAUCACUAUCUUCGUUCACUAGAUAGCAGUAUUGCACCAUAUGUGCAUAUUUCAGAUGAACGUCUUGACUGGUUAAAUCUCACAUUUCCAAAGUAUAUUGACGAUAUCCAGAAGACUUCUGUAGAUGUUGGAUUUAAAGGUCUUACUAAGGAAACAGCUCAUGCGUUACAAUUCACGGCAAAAAGCAUAUACCUCUGUGUAAAUUUUUUGCUAAGCCAGGUUGGCUUCUAUUAUGUUGUAACGCGAUCCUUCAGCUCAGACGCAGUAGAGGCCAUGUUUUCACAUGUAAGACUGAAAGGUGGUUCUAAUGAUGCCACAGAUGCCAGAGCUGCAGAUUAUGCAUUAAGGCAAAUUCUUCGUUGUGGGAUUGUUAAAGCUUCCCAUUCCUCAAACACUGCUGAAAAUGUUAACUAUAUUAGUCCUGUAAAUAUUUUAAAUUUACAAGAAAACAGAGAGAGCUUUACUAAGCACACAGAACAACUCAUAUUUCCAAUUGAAGUACGAAGAAAUAUUCACAAUCUUAAGAAGUGCAUCAUACCUGAUAAUAAUAUUUUCUCAGCAUCAGUAGCUUUCUUGGCAGGAUACAUAAUAAAAAAAUUAGAAGAUAUAUUUCAUUGUGAUGAAUGUUUAACACCUCUAUUAUGUACUAGCAUUCCAGGUCCUUUGCUACAAUUGAUUGCCAUUCAAAACCGAGGAGGUUUAGUCUAUCCCAAAGAUAUCUUUGUUGGUAUUAUUCAGCUGAUAGCUGAAAGCAUCCAGCAAAUGUUGCCAUUUCUACAACAUGAUAAUCCUGGUAAAUACAUACUUGAAGAACUGUAUCCACACCUUGUGCAAAAUCCCAUUUUCGUCUGUGCAAAUCACAGGGAUUCUGUGUGCAAAUAUAUAAUCAAAACGACUGUAAAGCCAGUUCUCAGCAAUCUUUGCUUGGAGACCACAGAUUCUGUCAAGAGAUUUGCAUUAAAUUUUAAACCUAAAAGUCGAAAAGUAUUGAAAUUGUAA